AUUUCUGACUUUGGCCUUGCGAAGUGGCUCCCGGACCAAUGGACUCACCUGACCAUAUCACAAUAUGAAGGCACAUUUGGCUACCUUCCUCCCGAGUUUUUCCAGCAUGGCACAGUUGAUGAAAAAACUGAUGUCUAUGCUUAUGGUGUAUUAUUGUUGGAGCUCAUCACUGGACGUCCAGCUUUGGAUAAGUCACAGAAAAGCCUCGUUAUGUGGGCUAAACCAUUGCUCACUGAGAAAAACAUAGAGGAACUCGCCGAUCCAUCUCUUGGCGGAGCCUACGACCUAGAGCAGAUAAAUCGCAUGGCCCUGAUUGCUUCUAUAUGCAUUCAUCAGUCUCCAGCUGAACGGCCUCAAAUGAGCCAGGUUGUUAGGAUGUUGAAAGGUGAUGAAGGGAUCUUGCAGAGCAAGAAAAAAUUUCAAAAAAGACCAGCCUUUAAGAGGACAUGUUCAGUGGAUCUGUCUGAGGAUGAAGAAUACAACUCCCCCCAGCAGUUAAAUGAUUUGAACCAGCAAAACCAGAUUGCAUUGGAGCUCUAA